AUGCACUCCUCUAUUCUCUUCUUGCUACUUUCAUUCUUUGCCAUAUUCCUACAACACACGUCCUCUUUACCAUGGCCGCCUCAAUUGCCCCAAGUUCCCUUUCACCGCCCAUCACAACCCAGCGACAUUGAAGAAAAGCUUUACACCACAACAGUUGACUGGUUACAGGCUGACACCCAGGCCAUGUCGUGUGCCAAAUGCAUUUCACUCAUGCAGCUGGGCAAAGAUUUAUCGUACAUGUCUGAAUCCUUUCUGAUUGCAACGUUGAUACGGCUAUGCGGGCGAUUUCAACAAGUACACCCUGACGUGUGUGCUGGUGUCGUCCAGGAGCAAGCUCCUAUCCUGCGGAAGGUGCUCAAGACGAUGACUGUAUCAGGACGAGAUGGGCAUCUUUUGUGUGCUGCUGUGUUGAACAGUUGCCCUUAUCCAGAAGUUGACGAAUGGGAUGUUCCUUUUCCUAAACCAAGGCCAAUCAACAACAAUGCACCGCAACAGCAGCAUGAAUCUUCAUCAACAUUCACUGUUCUGCAACUAAGCGAUUGGCAUGUCGAUCCUGAAUACGAGGCUGGGGCCGAUGCCUUUUGCGAUAAGCCCAUCUGUUGUCGAGCAUCCAACACUGAUUAUGCCAACGUUACUAUGCCAGCAUCAAUAUGGGGAGCAUACACCUGUGAUACGCCAUUAACACUGAUCGAGUCAAUGCUUGAAUUUAUUCCCACUGUGGCACCCGAUCUUGCUUUUGGUUUACUCACUGGCGACAUUCCUUCGCAUGAAGUAUGGUCAACACUACCAGCACUCAAGACUCAGCUUGUCGAAGAGCACUCGUUUGCACUUAUGCAUGCCCACUUUGAUUCCCCGCAUCUCAUCAAUUCGGUGCUAUAUCCUGCCGUUGGUAAUCAUGAAUCAGCACCCACCAAUAUCUUCCCACUCAAGCAAUCCAAGAUCCCUAUCGAAGACGAGAAGGAGUAUCUACGACUCGAAUGGAUGUACGCUUCUCUCGCCAAAAGCUGGCUUGGAUGGCUCGCUCCAAAUACAGUGCUUCAGGUGGAGCAAAACAGUGGAAGCUAUGUUGCAUACCCCAAACCAGGUCUCAAGCUUAUCAGUCUCAAUACCAACUUUUGCUACACAAUGAAUUGGUGGCUAUAUGAAAGUCCGCAACAAAAGGAUCCUGAUGGUAUUUUGGAUUGGCUCAUCAAUCAAUUACAAGCAUCUGAAGAUAUUGGAGAGAAGGUUUGGAUCACUGGUCACAUUGCCCCUGGAGAUGUCACCUGCUUGCAUGACUACUCGAAUUACUUCCACCAAAUCGUCGAGCGCUAUUCUCCUCAUGUGAUCACCGCACAAUUUUAUGGACACACUCACAAAGAUGAAUACCAGCUAUUUUAUCGGGAUGGAAAUCAAACAGCAGACAAUGCCAUAUCGGUGGGAUACGUGGCUCCUUCAGUGACACCAUUUUUGAAUACCAAUCCUGCAUUUCGACUCUAUCGCGUGAAUGCCGAGACCUUUGAAGUUAUGGAUUCUAUCACCUACGUGGCCGAUUUGGAUCAAGCUGAUCAAUGGGUUACAGGACCGAAUUGGCAUGUCGAAUAUUCGGCUCGUGAAGCAUAUCAAUCAUCGUAUGCACCCCUGGAAGAGAGCUCCCCGUUGACAGCUGGUUGGUGGCACAAUGUGUCUGUUUCCAUGGAAGAAGAUCCUGAAACGAUGUUUACCAAAUACUGGAAGUACAGAGUCAAGUCAGCCCCGCUGAUGAACGAAUGUGAUGAAGAGUGCAGAUCCACAGCCAUUUGUGCCAUCCGUGCCGGUAAAUCAGAACAGCGGUGUGAUUAUGAUCCCGAUUUCUUCCCUCCACCAUCUGAAGAUGAGAGCGUGUACAAGAAGAGCAAAGCUUCUCGUCGUAUUGAGGAGAUGGAUAGCUGUGGAUUGAAUCUAGUGAGUCAAAGCUAUCGGAUGAUGCAACAAGAUGCUAUUCGACAAGAGAAAGUAUAA